GCCCUCGCGGACAGAGACUUUGUAGUGGUAAUGGCCGGAGCAAACGACGUCAGCAGAAAUGAAAGGAAGGUAGCUAGUUCGACACUGAAGAAGACUCUCGAAGUGUUAACCCACACCAACGUGAUUGUUGUUAAUGUUCCUCAUCGACACGAUUUGCCCCAGUGGUCGUGCGUGAAUAAGGAAGUGGAGCAGACCAACAAGGAGUACAAAGCUAUCUGUAUGUGGGAGACUUCACACCAGAAGAUAAGGAUAACAAAAGCGAAAAAAGUGCUAUCUACUGCAAGGAAGCAAGUAGCUGCGCAAAAGCGAAGGAUUGAUAUUCUGAGAAUUCAGAACACACGGAGCAAGAAGAAAGUAACUUCCUUGUCUUCUUUGCUUGAUGAGUUAAAGGCAAAAACAAGUAUUUCAGAUGAAGUGUGUCAAGUUUUAGAGGCCUCACUACAAUGACCUUCAAAAGAAUUGGCUAACAGGGCUUUGUCGGGCAAGGAGAAGGGACAAUACUUACCAGAACUAACAACAUUUGCUCUGACACUUCAAUUCUAUUUUACAAAAGCUUACACUUAUGUAAGAGAAACUUUUGACCUAACUUUGCCUCAUGAGGGCACUUUGAGAAAGUGGUAUAAUGCUGUUAAUGGGUUAGCUGACUUUACUUCAGAAGCUAUAACUUCUUUAAAAGCAAAAGUUGCUGAAGCGUCAAGUAAGGAGCUCAAACUACAUUGUGCGAUGAUGGUGGAUGAAAUUGUGAUUAGGCAACAUGUAGAAUGGGAUGGCAAAAGUUCAACGGCUACAUAGAUUAUGGGACAGAUCUGGAUAACGAUCUGCUUCCAGUUGCAAAAGAAGCAUGGGUUUUCAUGCUAAAUGCUAUUUAUGGACACUGGAAGAUACAAAUUGGCUAUUUUGUUGUCAAUGGUUUGGGAGCUUCCGAGAGGGCAAACUUCAUCAAUUUACUAUUGGAUUUUAUUGCAGAUAUUGGUUUGGAAGUUGUUUCCUUAACAUUGGAUGGUGCUAGUAGCAAUUUAACCAUGACUCAUAUACUAGGUGCUAAUCUGGAUGUAAAUAGUGAAGGCUUUCAGAAUUAUUUCAUCCACAAGGGAACUGGUAAAAAGAUAAUAUAUUGUACUGGACGUUUGUCACAUGCUGAAGUUAAUGAGGAAUACUUUUGCAUCUAGACAGUUUAUUUUAGACAGUCAAAUGUAAUCAAUUGAGAUUACACUGUAAAAUUGCAGGAAGUACAAGUAAAAGAAGGUCUUUUUGCAGCAACUGAGCUAAGGGCAAGACAAGUUCAGCGGGAGAAAAUGAAAGUGAAACUUGCUGCACAAACUCUCAGCUGCAGUGUGGCUACAGCCCUUGAAUACAUGGAGGAUAGGUGUGAUCCAAAAUUUCGAAGAGCUGAAGCAACAGUUAAGUUCCUAAAAAUUUUUGAUGUCUUGUUUGAUAUUCUCAAUAGCCGUAAUCUUUUAAGCAGAGGCUUGAAAUCUCCAAUGUCCCUACAACACUUUUCUGGGGUUUUUCCAAUUCCUUAAUGAAACUGAAAUUAUAUCAAGUCCUUGCGCCAGCCUAAUGGAGUGAAAAUACUAGACACAAAUAUGAAAUCAGGUUUCCUGGGAUUUCUUAUGACAGUAAGAAGAGUGCUCAAUUUGUAUAGCAAUUUGAUAAAAACACAAAAAUUAGAGUUUUUGCCGACGUACAAAUUCAGCCAAGAUCACCUAGAAAUGUUUAAUUGUAUUAGAAGUAAAGGUGCUUUUAAUAACAAACCCACAGCAAAACAAUUUGCAGCAGCUUACAAGCAGUUGCUUGUUCAUCAUCAAGUGACUUCUACUGCAUUAGCAAAUUGUGUUCCACUGGAUGUGACAACGGUGCUCAAUGUCAGUUCAGCAAACGUGACACUGAUUUCUGUUGGGAAUCAGUAGAGCAAUUGUCAGAGGAUGAUCAUUUGUAUGCAGUGACAGCAAGUGCUCUACAAAAUACCUUCACUGGCUAUGUGAAUGACAUUGUGGAAUCGUUUCCGGUUUUGUCGUAAGAAAGAUUUAGAAAGCACUGUAUUGCAGAGAGUGUGUGUGUGUGUGUGUGUGUGUGUGUGUGUGUGUGUGUGUGUGUGUGUGUGUGUGUGUGUGUGUGUGUGUGUGUACGUACACUUUUUAGAUCACAGAAUACUGAAAGUAAACAUUAAGUUAAAUAUAUGCUAAUGUUUAUUGCAAUGAAGGACUGAACAAAAUGGAAUUUGUAGAUAUGGUAAAUUAUAUUUUACCUUCAAUUUAUUUCCUUCACCAUUUGAUCAAGAAGCGUGUAAUAUUAGUAAACAUGUUCCCAAACUU